UCGUUCCUGGUUUGCUGGCUGCCCUCUCUUCUCUUUUAUCACCUCCUCCUUCAGUUCUUCUCCAUCUCCUCCUGCGAAAACCAGAACCGGUUUUUGUGAUUCUGGUUUUGCGAUUACAGGAAACAGAAUCAAAGAAGGGAGAAAAAUAAUAUGUCUCUGGGCAAGAGGUCGCGUCCGCCGAUGAAAAAGACGGCGAGCAUGACGGAGAUCACCUUCGAUCUGGGCGGCUCCGCCGCGCCCGCCGAGCAAUUACCUCCGCCGCCGCUCACGAAUAUGAUCGGAUCAAUGGUUUCCCCCAGAAACCACAGAAGGCAUUCCGUCGAUCUACAGGAUUCCGCUAAUUUCCUCGCGGCUUGCUCUCUCUGCACCCGCCCUCUAGUCCCGGGCCGUGAUAUUUACAUGUACAGGGGGGACAGGGGAUUUUGUAGCGACGAAUGCAGGCAGAAGCAAAUGAAGCAAGAUGAGAGAAUGGAGAAGUGCAGUAUAGCAUCAAAAAAAGCAGCGGCGGCGGCGGCGGCGGGUUCUACGAAGGCCGGCGUUCCACCUCAGAUCUCCGGCAAAGGCGAGACCGUCGCGGCUUCAUAACCAUUCAUUCAUGCCUCAGUCUCUGAAAUUAAGUGUUAUCUAUCUAAGAAUUAAGAAAUAUUCCCACAAAUUGGAAUUGUGUGUCGUUCUUAAUUUUCUUCAUUGGCGGUUAUUGUGUGGGUGGGAAUUUGAAUUUGGGAUUAAUUACUUUCAGCAAAUUAAGAUUAAGAUAUCAUAUCAUAUGAACAACAAAAGCUGAGGGAUCCAUUUUGAUGCCUUGUUCUCUUA